UUUUCCCUUCCCGUGCGCCCGCGAAAAACCUCCCGCCGCCGCCGCUCCAGGGCACUAAACCCUAGCCAUGGCGUCCUCCAUACUCUCCGACUGCUCCUCCUCCGCCACCUCCCGCCUCCUCCCCCUCCGCCGCGCCCUCCUCGCGCCGCCGUGCCGCUUCCGCCCGGCCACCGUCGCCGCGCCGCCGCGGAGGCCCCUCGCCAUCGCCGCCCCCCAGCUCCCGCUUCUCCCCCGCGCGCGCGGCACGGCUUCGGCCUCAGCCGCCGCCGCCGCCGCCGCCUCCUCUACCGACUCAGAUGCUUGUGCCAAGAUCAUUGAUGGGAAGUUGGUGGCAAAGCAGAUAAGAGAGGAAAUCGCUGUUGAGAUCGCCAAGAUGAAGGAUGCAAUUGGGGUUGUGCCUGGGCUGGCAGUCAUCCUAGUUGGGUCAAGGAAGGAUUCUCAAACGUAUGUGCGCAACAAGAAGAAGGCAUGCGAAGCGGUUGGUAUCAAGUCAUAUGAGGUUAAUUUGCCGGAAGACAGCUCUGAGGAUGAGGUUCUCAAGCACAUCGCAACAUUUAACAGUGAUCCGUCGGUGCAUGGCAUCUUGGUUCAGUUGCCCCUACCUCAUCAUAUGAAUGAUGAGAACAUUUUGAAUGCUGUUAGUAUUGAGAAGGAUGUUGAUGGAUUUCAUCCACUGAACAUUGGACGACUUGCAAUGCAAGGUCGGGAUCCGUUCUUUGUUCCAUGCACCCCUAAAGGAUGCAUGGAAUUACUACACAGAUAUGGAGUUGAAAUCAAAGGGAAGAGAGCUGUUGUAAUUGGGCGGAGCAAUAUUGUGGGGAUGCCUGCUGCAUUAUUACUGCAAAAAGCCAACGCAACUGUUAGCAUUGUACAUUCAAAUACCAAGAAGCCUGAGGAAAUAACAAGACAAGCAGAUAUUGUUAUCGCAGCUGUUGGAGUUGCUAAUCUGGUCAGAGGGAGUUGGAUAAAGCCUGGUGCUGCUAUUAUUGAUGUUGGCAUCAAUCCAGUUGAUGAUCCAGAAAGCCCUCGAGGUUAUCGGCUGGUUGGAGAUGUGUGCUACGAGGAGGCCUCCAAGAUUGCAGGACUAAUCACGCCAGUUCCUGGUGGUGUCGGGCCAAUGACAAUUGCGAUGCUUUUGUCGAACACACUUGAGUCAGCUAAAAGGAUACACAAAUUCAAAUAACUGUGCAACCCUAUGGUAAAAAACGGAUGAAUAUCCAUUAAAAAAAAUGGAUGUGUACUUAACCUUUGCUGUAGCCUACCAGAUAAGGGUUUUGCUCAACCUUUUCGUGUGCCUUUUGCUGGACCAGGUAACCACAACAAUAGUCAUAAAAAUAAAUUUUGACCAUGGUAUGUUUUUCCUGGCUUGAUACCAGCAACAAUAACCUUUUCGUUGUAUUUGGUAAUGAGGCAAAAUUGGGAUGCCAGUAAGCUUGGAUGAACCAUCCAUCCAUCUGAUCAGUUAGCAGUAUAUUUGUUUCCAUAAUUUGAUUGGGUACAAUGAGUGGUGGAUGCUUCUGCCUUCUGGUCAUUGUGACUGCACAGUAGAGGGAAAGAAACAAACAACUGCCCCAAUCUAAUCCAGCCAGUUGGAUCCUGGAUUUUAUUAGCUGUCAAUACUAUUUUAUGUAUGGUACACUGCACUCAUGGUUUUGUUUUGGUUCUUGCCAACUGGUGACUACUCAUAGCUGGAUGGAAUUUGGUCGUGUAACAUUUCUUUUAUAAGAAAAGUUUGUCAUGUCAA